CAUCUCCCCACCCAUUGGUUCCCUUUCCAAUUUCACCUCGCCCAACCCUAUUUAUUUAUUUAUUUAACCCUUCCCCCAUCUCGCCUCCAUUCUUGGAGACCAAGAAGAAGAAAGAGGAAACCACACCCACCUCCAUCUCCGCCUCCGCCGCCGCCGCCGCCGACCAAGUCGAGGGGGAGAUCCAGCGAGAGCGAGGAGGAGGAGGAGGAUGGCGGUGAUGGAGGAGCAGCAGGAGGGAGCCGCGGGGGUGAUGCGGCGGAGGCCCAAGACGAAGAUCGUGUGCACGCUGGGGCCGGCGUCGAGGUCGGUGGAGAUGAUCGGGCGGCUGCUCCGCGCCGGGAUGUGCGUCGCGCGCUUCAACUUCUCCCACGGAUCCCACGAGUACCACCAGGAGACGCUCGACAACCUCCGCGCCGCCAUGGAGAGCACCGGCAUCCUCUGCGCCGUCAUGCUCGACACCAAGGGGCCAGAGAUCCGAACUGGAUUUCUGAAAGAUGGAAAACCCGUACAGUUGAAGAAGGGUCAAGAAAUCACAGUUUCAACUGAUUAUAGCAUAAAGGGUGAUGACAACAUGAUAUCAAUGAGCUACAAGAAGCUAGCGGUGGAUCUGAAGCCAGGCAGUGUAAUAUUAUGUGCUGAUGGCACCAUCACUCUUACUGUCCUUCACUGUGAUAAAGAGCAAGGCUUGGUUCGCUGCCGUUGUGAGAACACUGCUAUGCUUGGUGAGAGGAAGAAUGUUAACCUUCCAGGAGUUAUUGUUGAUCUCCCGACACUUACUGAGAAGGACAAGGAGGAUAUUCUUAAAUGGGGUGUCCCAAACAAGAUUGACAUGAUUGCUCUGUCUUUUGUUCGUAAAGGCUCAGACCUUGUAGAGGUCAGGAAGGUGCUUGGGAAGCAUGCAAAGUCAAUAAUGCUGAUGUCAAAGGUUGAGAAUCAAGAGGGAGUGGCUAACUUUGAUGAUAUCCUGGCACAAUCUGAUGCUUUUAUGGUUGCAAGGGGUGAUUUGGGAAUGGAAAUUCCGAUAGAGAAGAUCUUUUAUGCACAGAAGGUGAUGAUUUUCAAGUGCAAUAUUCAGGGCAAGCCAGUUGUGACUGCAACCCAGAUGUUGGAAUCUAUGAUCAAGUCUCCCCGCCCUACUAGAGCAGAAGCGACUGAUGUUGCCAAUGCAGUUCUUGAUGGCACUGACUGUGUCAUGCUCAGUGGUGAGACAGCUGCUGGGGCUUACCCGGAACUGGCUGUACGGACCAUGGCCAAGAUCUGCCUGCAAGCGGAGUCAUGCGUCGACCAUGCCGCUGUUUUCAAGUCCAUUACCGCAUCAGCUCCAAUUCCCAUGAGCCCAUUGGAGAGCCUUGCAUCAUCAGCUGUGCGUACAGCGAACUCUGCCAAGGCGGCGCUCAUCUUGGUCCUGACUAGGGGAGGAACAACUGCUAGGCUGGUGGCCAAGUACAGGCCAUCCAUGCCGAUUCUGUCCGUCGUGGUUCCUGAGCUGAAACAGACCGACUCCUUCGACUGGACCUGCAGCGACGAAGCUCCUGCGCGGCACAGCCUCAUCGUCAGGGGAGUGAUCCCGAUGCUGAGUGCAGCCACUGCCAAGGCCUUCGACAACGAAGCCACUGAAGAAGCUCUCGGGUUCGCCAUCAGCAACGCCAAGGCGAUGGGGCUCUGCAACUCCGGUGAGUCCGUCGUCGCCCUCCACCGGAUCGGAACUGCAUCUGUCAUCAAGCUCCUGACAGCGAACUAGUGGCAGACGGCAGUUAAUCCACACCAUUUUGCUCGGAGGAAAAUUUUUGCUGGGGGAUUCUUACUUACCACGCAUAUCUAUAGCUUUUGUUGCCAUGAUAGUGGCAUUUGCAUUCAGGUGCACCUUCGGUGUUUGCUGUUCAUGGGUUAACCAUUGAAACAGUUAAAUUCGUUAUUGCUACCGCAGCUUAUUUCGCUGCCUCUGCUGCUACUAGUAUUAAACUUGACAGCCGUUACGUAAUUUGUUAGUUCUAUUCUGUUCUGUUUUCUUGGCUGAAAUGCAUUUCUUGAAUUCGUUUCGUUAUGAUGAAUAUGGUUCGGGGUUCUGCGUAA